CUGUGGCCAUUUCCUCUUGUGCCUUAUUAUAUUUUAUACAGUGUUCUACAUGACAUGCAGUGUUUGUACAGGAGCUAUGGGGAUAGAUCACUUUAACUGGAGGAUUCCAUUUGACCAUACAGCACCCCAAGAGUUCAGCAAUACAGAUUUUCUGGUCCAUUUGAUCUCACUGGAGAUCACUUGCCUCAUAUGUGGUCUCCUGUUUGUUCCCAUUGGACGUUCCUGGGUGUGGGAUUACUCUAUCACCGUCAUUGGUGUACAUGUGUGUUUAUGCUGCAUAGUGACAGGUGUACUGCCUUGGAUGUGGCAGUGGUGGCUUGAAAUAGGCUGUGGAUUAAUCCUUAUGGUUGGAUUCGGACAGACCCUCGCUUACUGCACAGGCAGCCGUUCAUCCAGUGCACACCCGCUGAUGUUUGACAAUGAAGAAUAUUACUACUCCUAAUGGUUUAGUCUGACAGAAGUUUAUCAUGGGCUAAUAUACAUCACACCUUAAACAUUAACACAGAUUAAAAAUACUUAUAUUUUUUUACUCCAAAGGAGCUAUGUUGUAUGAUAAUGCAUUUUGAAGUUUAUAUUUUUUGGUUUUGUUUAAUUAAGCGACAAUGAACGGUUGACCAUUUCA